CUCCUCCCUCUCCUUCUCUCUUGCUCUCCUUCCUCCUCCGCCUCCUCAGCUCUUGGGCUAGAAUAUCUAUGGGUCGAAACGUGAUGCGAUGAAUCCGAGAGAGACCGAAACUGGGACGAAGAGUGCGGCGGAAGCGGCGGGACUCCCAAGCAUGGGGGCUUCACCACAAUAGAGGCAGCGCCCCCACCCGCCCCCGCCAGCCCUCCGGAGCGAAGCCCCCAAACCCCCUCGGGAAAAGGAUGGCGGCGGCACCUACCCAGAUCGAAGCCGAGCUGUAUUACCUGAUCGCAAGGUUCUUGCAGUCCGGACCCUGUAACAAAUCCGCUCAGGUGCUAGUGCAAGAGCUCGAAGAGCAUCAGCUGAUUCCGCGCCGCUUAGACUGGGAAGGGAAAGAGCACCGAAGAAGCUUCGAGGAUCUGGUGGCAGCCAAUGCACACAUUCCUCCAGACUACCUCCUUAAAAUUUGUGAGAGGAUUGGCCCUUUAUUAGAUAAGGAAAUCCCUCAGAGUGUUCCUGGGGUACAGACAUUACUAGGUGUCGGUCGGCAGUCUCUGUUACGGGAUGCCAAAGACUGUAAGAGUACACUAUGGAAUGGGUCUGCUUUUGCAGCUCUCCACAGAGGCAGACCUCCAGAACUACCUGUAAAUUAUGUGAAACCUCCAAACGUGGUGAAUAUCACCUCAGCCAGGCAAUUAACCGGAUGUAGUCGCUUCAGCCAUGUUUUCCCCUCAUCUGCUUACCAGCACAUUAAGAUGCAUAAGAGAAUUCUGGGACACUUAUCUUCUGUCUACUGUGUAGCCUUUGAUCGAAGCGGGAGGCGAAUUUUUACAGGUUCAGAUGACUGUUUGGUGAAAAUCUGGGCAACAGAUGAUGGACGCCUCCUUGCCACACUGCGAGGGCACUCUGCUGAAAUCUCUGACAUGGCUGUUAAUUAUGAAAAUACUCUCAUUGCUGCAGGCAGCUGUGAUAAAGUUGUGAGAGUAUGGUGUCUUCGAACUUGUGCACCAGUUGCUGUCCUUCAGGGACAUUCAGCUUCUAUUACUUCCAUACAGUUUUGUCCAUCAACUAAAGGCACAACUAGAUACCUCACUUCUACUGGUGCUGAUGGAACAAUUUGUUUCUGGCAAUGGCAUGUAAAAACAAUGAAGUUUAGAGAUCGCCCAGUAAAAUUUACUGAGAGAUCCAGACCUGGAGUUCAGAUAUCUUGUUCAUCUUUCAGUUCUGGUGGUAUGUUCAUUACAACAGGGAGCACUGAUCAUGUAAUUAGGAUAUACUAUUUGGGUUCUGAGAUACCUGAGAAAAUUGCUGAAUUAGAAUCACAUACGGACAAAGUUGUUGCUGUUCAGUUCUGUAACAACGGAGACAGCUUAAGGUUUGUUAGUGGAAGUAGAGACGGAACUGCAAGAAUAUGGCAAUAUCAACAACAAGAGUGGAAGAGCAUAGUGCUAGAUAUGGCUACUAAGAUGAGUGGGAAUAAUUUGACAUCUACUGAAGACAAAGUUACUAAACUGAAGGUGACUAUGGUGGCUUGGGAUCGGUAUGAUACCACUGUUAUUACUGCAGUGAACAAUUUCCUUUUGAAAGUUUGGAAUUCUGUCACAGGGCAGCUUCUUCAUACUUUAUCUGGGCAUGAUGAUGAAGUAUUUGUUCUAGAAGCACAUCCAUUUGAUCAAAGGAUCAUACUUUCAGCAGGUCAUGAUGGGAACAUUUUUAUUUGGGACCUUGACCGGGGGACCAAAAUACGAAAUUACUUUAAUAUGAUCGAAGGCCAAGGUCAUGGUGCAGUAUUUGAUUGUAAAUUUUCACCAGAUGGAAACCAUUUUGCCUGUACAGAUUCUCAUGGGCAUUUGUUGCUAUUUGGCUUUGGAUGCAGUAAAUACUACGAAAAGAUUCCAGAUCAGAUGUUCUUCCAUACCGAUUAUCGGCCCCUCAUCAGAGAUGCCAAUAACUAUGUAUUAGAUGAACAAACUCAACAAGCUCCUCACCUCAUGCCUCCCCCAUUCUUGGUGGAUGUCGAUGGAAAUCCUCACCCUACAAAAUUUCAACGGCUGGUACCAGGACGGGAAAACUGUAAAGAUGAACAGCUUAUUCCACAGUUAGGAUAUGUGGCUAAUGGUGACGGUGAGGUGGUAGAACAGGUAAUUGGGCAGCAAACCAAUGACCAAGAAGAAAGCAUUCUUGAUGGAAUAAUCAGGGAGUUACAGAGAGAACAAGAUCUCAGAUUAAUUAAUGAAGGAGAUGUUCCACAUUUUCCAAUCAAUAGAUCAUAUUCUGUUAAUGGUGCUCUGAGUAGUCCAAAUAUGGACAUACCUUCUUCCCCAAAUAUUGGCCUUCGGCGUAGUGGCCAAAUUGAAGGUGUUCGACAGAUGCACAACAAUGCUCCCCGGAGCCAGAUGGCCACUGAAAGAGAUCUCAUGGCCUGGAGCCGAAGAGUGGUGGUGAAUGAACUAAAUAGUGGCGUUAGUAGGGUACAAGAAGAAUGUCGAAAUGCAAAAGGUGACCUAGAAGUUAGUCUUUAUACUGUUGAAAAGAAGAAAAAGCCAUCUUAUCCUAUCCAAAGAAAUGAUUAUCAGCCCAGCUGUGGAAGGUCUUUACGAAGGACACAACGCAAGCGACAGCAUACUUACCUAACAAGGUCGAACAUAGAGCAUAAUUCACAGGCAUCAUCUCAAACUUCCGGUGUACAAGAAGAUUCAGACAGCUCUUCAGAGGAAGACGAAACUGUUGGCACAAGUGAUGCUUCCGUAGAAGACCCUGUUGUUGAGUGGCAAAGUGAAAGUUCUUCCAGCGAUUCAUCAAGUGAAUAUUCUGACUGGAUAGCAGAUGCUGGGAUAAAUUUGCAGCCUCCCAAAAGACAAACAAGACAGGCAACACAGAAAAUAUACAGCAGUUCUGAAGAUGAAAAUUUGAAAUUAGAAGAUAGGCAGAAGAAACCUAAACAGACUAAAAAGAAGAAAGGGGGACUUGUUUCUAUGGCAGGCGAACCCAAUGAAGAAUGGCUCGCCCCUCAGUGGAUCUUGGAUACCAUACCACGACGUUCUCCUUUUGUUCCACAGAUGGGAGAUGAGCUUAUUUACUUUAGACAAGGACAUGAAGCUUAUGUGCGAGCUGUAAGGAAAUCAAAAAUCUAUAGUGUUAAUUUACAAAAACAGCCAUGGAACAAAAUGGAUCUCAGGGAGCAAGAAUUUGUGAAGAUUGUAGGAAUCAAAUAUGAGAUUGGACCACCUACGCUAUGCUGCUUGAAACUUGCAUUUUUGGAUCCAAUUUCAGGCAAAAUGACUGGAGAAUCUUUUUCCAUUAAGUAUCAUGACAUGCCAGAUGUCAUUGAUUUCCUUGUGUUACAUCAGUUUUAUAAUGAAGCCAAAGAAAGAAACUGGCAGAUUGGUGAUAGAUUCCGCAGUAUAAUAGAUGAUGCCUGGUGGUUUGGAACUGUGGAAAGUCAGCAGCCUUUUCAGCCAGAAUAUCCUGAUAGCUCCUUCCAGUGUUACAGUGUUCACUGGGACAAUAAUGAAAGAGAAAAGAUGAGCCCCUGGGAUAUGGAGCCGAUUCCAGAUGGAACUGCUUUUCCAGAUGAAGUUGGUGCUGGUAUUCCUGUGUCCCAGGAAGAACUAACUGCAUUGCUCUACAAACCCCAGGAAGGAGAGUGGGGUGCUCAUUCCAGAGAUGAGGAGUGUGAACGAGUUAUUCAGGGCAUCAACAACCUUCUUUCCCUGGAUUUUGCCAGCCCUUUUGCUGUUCCAGUGGAUCUCAGUGCCUACCCUUUGUAUUGUACUGUAGUUGCUUAUCCAACUGACCUCAAUACCAUCAAACAAAGACUUGAAAAUCGCUUUUACAGGAGAAUAUCAGCAUUAAUGUGGGAGGUACGCUAUAUUGAACACAAUGCUAGGACUUUCAAUGAGCCAGAUAGUCCCAUAGUUAAAGCAGCCAAAAUUGUGACUGAUGUCCUACUUCGGUUUAUUGGGGAUCAAAGCUGUUCUGAUAUUUUGGAUACUUACAAUAAAAUCAAAGCAGAAGAUCCAAACAGCAGCGAUCUGGAGGAGGAUUCAGAAAUGGUUGACUUAGAUUCAGAUGGUCCUGGCACUUCAUCUGGAAGGAGGGCUAAAUGUCGAGGCAGACGACAGUCUCUCAAGUGCAAUCCUGAUGCUUGGAAAAAGCAAUGCGAAGAGCUACUGAGCCUCAUUUAUGAACGGGAAGACUCAGAGCCAUUUCGUCAGCCAGCAGAUCCUCAUUCUUACCCAGUUCAACAACAGCAAGAAGGGGAAUCCUCACAAUCAGUUCCUCCAGAUAGACAAGAUCCAUCUCUUUCUGAGGAUUAUCAAGAUGUUAUAGACACGCCUAUGGACUUCAGCACUGUGAAAGAAACUUUGGAAUCAGGAAAUUAUGAUAGUCCUCUGGAAUUUUAUAAAGAUGUUCGCCAAAUAUUCAGCAACUCCAAAGCUUAUACUUCUAAUAAAAAGUCAAGGAUCUAUAGCAUGACGCUGAGAUUGUCGGCCUUAUUUGAAAAUCACAUUAAAAACAUCAUCUCUGACUAUAAGUCAGCAAUCCAGAGUCAGAAGAGGAGAAGACCACGGUACAGAAAGCGUCUGAGAAGCAGCAGCAGCUCGUUAUCUAGCAGCAGAGCUCCCAGUCCAAAAGGCAAACAGAAGCAAAUGAAGUUACAGCCUAAAAAUGACCAGAAUACCUCAGUGGCUUAUGCCAGGACUAGCUCUCCUUUUUCUUCUCCUGUUUCAGAUGCUGCUGAAGGUGUUUCACUGUAUCUACUUGAUGAUGAAGGGGAUGGGCCUUUUUCUCCAUCAAGUUUCAGUGGAUAUAGUAGAAGUGGAAAUAGCCAUGACCCAGGGAAAGCCAAAUCAUUUCGUAAUAGAGUUUUACCAGCUAAACAAGAUCACUCCCUUGAUGGACCUCUUACAAAUGUUGAUGGCAGAGAGCCCCGGACAGGAGCCAAAAGAAAACUGCUCAGUGCUUCAGAAGAAGAUGAAAGCAUGGGAGGAGAAGAGAAAGAAAUGAAAGAAACAAAGGAGAAAGUACAUUUAUCCUCCUCCGAGAGUGGAGAGUUAGGCUCCAGUUUAAGUUCAGAAAGUACCUCUGGCUCUGACUCUGACUCUGAAUCCACUUCCAGAACAGAUCAAGAUUAUGUUGACGGAGACCAUGACUAUAGCAAAUUCAUACAAACCAGACCUAAAAGGAAACUCAGAAAACAACACGCCAAUGGAAAAAGAAACUGGAAGACGAGAGGCACAGGAGGAAGAGGCAGAUGGGGAAGAUGGGGUAGAUGGAGCAGAGGAGGCAGAGGAAGAGGUGGCAGGGGUCGAGGGGGUCGCGGGCGAGGUGGAGGUGGGGGGAGAGGGAGAGGACGAGGGAGAGGAGGAAGAGGUGCCUCUAGAGGAUCAAGCCGAGCCAAACGAGCCCGAGUUGCAGAUGAUGAAUUUGAUACGAUGUUUUCAGGACGUUUCAGUCGACUUCCACGGAUUAAAACAAGAAAUCAAGGCAGGAGAACUGUUUUAUAUAAUGAUGAUUCAGAUAAUGACAACUUUGUGUCCACUGAGGAUCCUCUGAAUCUUGGUACAUCCAGAUCAGGCAGAGUACGUAAAAUGACCGAAAAAGCCAGGGUUAGCCAUCUCAUGGGAUGGAAUUAUUAACAGUUAAAGAUUUUAAAAUAAUUUUUAAAAAUAAAAUCACUGGCCUUCUACUGCAGGGAAUUUAUCAGAAAAUCUACAAAGCAAGUUGUGUGGGGACUUCUGCUUCCUUUCACAUUGGUGCUUUUCCAUUAUGCCAGUAUACAUUUGUUUCAAGACUUUUAAUCUCCACACUUCAUUUGUUCAAACAAGCCUUACUCAUUAGGCCUUAAAUUAAAACAAAUUCUGCCCACACAUAUAUGUGUGUGCACAUACACAUGCACGGACAUGCGCUCACUCGCGUACACACAUACACACAACAUACACACACACAUACACACCACAGACACACUACAGAUUUACUACAUUAAAGGAGCAUUCUGCUUCUUAAGAGUAGCAUGACAUUUUUAUCUCAAUAAGAUAUCCCUCUUUGCUUUUGUAUCACAGAAGUAUAGCACCUUCUUACAGAGUUUUAUAUAGUUUGUUUUUGCCAUUUUGAUUCCUAUGCCCAGUAAUAAUAACUUUUGCACAAUACACCAAUCCUAAAGGCAGCUAUUAAAUGUUUACAGUUUCUAUAUUGUAAGAACGAUCUGGAUUAUUUUACUCUUCCCAGGCCAAACUUUCAUGAACUGUACUGAACUGAAGUAUAUAUUUAUACUGCAGUUUUGGGGUGGGGUGGGGGGUAUCUUGAUAUGCUUUUCAUUGAUUUGCUUAAUUCACGUUUAAGGUGAGAAAGGGUUGGUGCCUUGUAAAUAUGUAGCAAAUCAUUGUGGUGUGUCCUGAGGUGUGCAUUAACUUUAUUAAAAGAGUAUACUUGAGGUAUC